GACUCCCGAGAGCUCGCGGUGUCACUCCGUCGGCGGCCUCUACGUCGGAAGCGAAGCGAGACAAACGCACAGCUCAGUGUUCCCCGAGGCGCCCCGAAAGUGCAAUAGAGUGAAGUUCAGUGGUGUGCCAUCCCCGUCAAAGAUGAGAAAGGCGUGGCUAUGUGAGGGGUAGCAUGGAGAGAGGGGCGAUGAAGUGAGUGAGUGUGGUGGAGGCGGUGUGGGUUCGCGAGAGAGCUGCGGCGGCGGCGGCGGCGGCGGCGGGGCGGAGGGAGCUUACAUGGUGGUUUCAGUGGGGCGCUGUGGCUCCUGGAGGUGGUGGGCUGAGCAGGGCUGAGGGCGAGGCGAGGAGGAGGAGCGCGGGGGAGGAAGGAUGCAGAAGGGCGAGCGACGCGAGCGAGGCGGCGGCGGCGGCGCAGGAGGCAAGGAGGACCAGGACCCGGCCUCCAGGAGGGUGUCCCGCGCCAGCACCGCCAACAGGACGGGCGGCACCAUGCAGCCGGGCUCGAGGACGUCCUCUUCCUCCAACUCCCUGGAGCUCUUCGUGGGACCCAACUUCAGAGUCGGGAAGAAAAUCGGCUGCGGGAACUUCGGCGAACUGAGAUUAGGAAAGAACUUGUACAACAACGAACAUGUCGCCAUCAAAUUGGAACCAAUCAAGGCAAAGGCGCCUCAGUUGCACCUCGAGUACAGGUUCUACCGUAUGCUGGACGCGGUGGGAGAAAACGAGAAACAGAGAGGUGAGUUUUCGAGCGGCGUUUGUAAGUUGUCCUUUCUGUUUUCUUGUCUUCAAUUUUCUGAUUUUCUUGAAUCUUUCAUUAUAGAGGACUCGGUGGAUGAGGAGAAAGUGAUUGACGGUUAG